GUCAUUCGCUUAUAUUGGCAACUUUUUUGAUGGAAAAUAUGAUAAAUAAGCAAUGACAUUCACGCUUAUUGUCUAAUUUAUUUACAAUAACAGCUUGACAAGCUUGUCUGUUUAGUUUAUUUAAAAUAAAUAUUUUGCUUUACGCACAAGAAAUCGAUACGACGAAUGCAGGCACAGGAAAGCAUCAAAUCCGAGAACGGUGAGCCAAGACCACGCCCCGGUUACCCGAGAGACUGAGUGUAAACAGAACGAAGUGGGGAGCAGCAUGGCCGUCAGUUUUAACGCGAACCAGUUUGAACAAGCCUUCAGUCCCCGGAAACUCCAGAACUGGACAAUACCGAGGCGUCACAAGGAGAACCCGGCCACUCUGGAUGGGCACACCCAGUUCAUUGCCGAUGACCGUGGUCAUUUGUUGCCAGGCUUAAGAGGAAAGAGUACAGCUUGGGGCUCGUUUUCAGGCACAUGGGAUAUGCCUUGUUGUAUCCCACCUUCCCACAUCAAUUACACAGCCCGAUCAGAGGAUGCAAUCAUCAAGCUGAAAAAAAGAAUUGAAGAAAACACACUGAUCUGCAAAAGGAAUGGACACAGUGGAGUGAAGAGAAGUCCGAGAACACCCAUGAAGACUGAAAGCCAACAGCCACAAGCUUCAUCUGUGCUGCCGGAUGCAAACAAAAUGGACCUCAACCCUCAGCCAAACUUGGAGCUAAAGACACCAUCUGCACAGCCAUCACACUUGAACUCUGCCAACUGA